AUGGAUGUGGACGUGGACGUGGACGUGGAUGUGGUCGUGGACGUUGAUGUGGACCUGGGCGUGGAUGUGAACGUGGACGUAGACGUGGACCUGGACCUGGACGUAGACGUGGACUUGGAUGUGGACCUGGACCUCGACGUGGACCUGGACGUGAACCUGGACGUGGACCUGGACGUGGACGUGGACGUGGACGUGGACGUGGACGUCGUCAUGGACGUGGACGUUGACGUAGACGUGGACAUGAACGUAGACGUGGACGUGGUCGUGGACGUGGACGUGGACGUGGACGUGGAAGUGGACGUGGUCGUGGACGUGGUGGACAAGGAUGUGGACGAGGACGUGGACGUGGACGUGGACGUGGAGAACGUGGACGUGGACGUGGAGGACAUGGACGUGGACGUGGACGUGGACUUGGACGUGGACGUGGACCUGGACGUGGACGUGGACGUGGACGUGGACUUGGACCUAGACGUGGACCAGGACGUGAACCUGGACGUGGACGUGGACUUGGACGUGGACGUGGACUUGGAUGUGGACGUGGACGUGGACUUGGACGUGGACGUGGGGGUGGACGUGGUCGUGGACGUGGUGGACGUGGAGGUGGACGUGGACGUGGACGUGGACGUGAACGUGGAUCUGGACGUGGACCUGGACGUGGACUUGGAUGUGGACAUGGACAUGGACGUGGACGUGGACGUGGACGUGGAUAUGGAUAUGGUUGUGGACGUGGAUGUGGACGUGGACGUGGACGUGAACGUGGACGUAGACGUGGACCUUGACCUGGACGUGGACGUGGACUUGGACGUGGACGUGGACGGACGUGGACACGUGGACGUGGACAUAGACGUGGACGUGGUCGUGGAUGUGGACGUGGACGUGGACUUGGUCGUGGUCGUGGUGGACGUGGAUGUGGACGUGGACAUGGAUGACGUGGACGUGGACGUGGUGGACGUGGACGUGGAUGUGGACGUGGAUCUGGACGUGGACGUGGACGUGGACGUGGACGUGGAUUUGGACGUGGACGUGGACAUGGACGUGGAUGUGAACGUGGACGUGGACGUGGACGUGGAUGUGAACGUGGACGUGGACCUGGACGUGGACGUGGACUUGGACGUGGACGUGGACGUGGACUUGGACGUGGAUGUGGACCAAGACCUGGACGUGGACCUGGACGUGGACGUGGACUUGGACGUGGACGUGGAUUUGAACGUGGACUUGGACGUGGACGUGGUCGUGGACGUGGACGUGGACGUAGACGUGGACGUGGACGUGGUCGUGGACGUGGACGUAGAGGUGGUCGUGGACGUGGACGUGGACGUGGUCGUGGACGUGGACGUGGUCGUGGACGUGGACGUGGACGUAGACGUGGUCGUAGACGUGGACGUGGACGUGGUGGACGUGGACGUGGACGUGGACGUGGAGGACGUGGACGUGGACGUGGACGUGGACUUGGACGUGGUCGUGGAGGACGUGGUCGUGGACGUGGACGUGGACGUGGACUUGGACGUGGACGUGGACGUGGACGUGGUCGUGGACGUGGUCCUGGACGUGGACGUGGACGUAGACGUGGGCGUGGACGUGGUCGUGGACGUGGACGUGGACGUGGUCGUGGACGUGGACGUGGACGUGGACAUGGACGUGGACGUGGAUGUGGACUUGGACAUGGUCGUGGACGUGGACGUAGACGUGGACGUGGACAUAGACGUAGAGGACGUGGACGUGGACGUGGACGUGGACGUGGUCGUUGACGUGGACGUGGACGUGGACGUGAAGGUGGACGUGGUCCUGGACAUGGUGGACGUGGACGUGGACCUGGACGUGGAGGACGUGGACGUGGACGUGGAGGACGUGGACGUGGACCUGGACGUGGACGUGGACCUGGACGUGGACGUGGACCUGGACGUGGACGUGGACGUGGACGUUGACGUGGACCUGGACGUGGACAUGGACUUGGACGUGGACGUGGACGUGGACGUGUACGUGGACGUGGUCGUGGACGUGCUCGUUGACGUGGACGUGGACCUGGACGUGGACCUGGACGUGGACGUGGAUGUGGACGUGGUCGUGGACGUGGACGUGGUCGUGGACGUGGACCUGGACCUGGACGUGGACGUGGACGUGGACGUGGACGUGGACUUGGACAUGGACGUGGACAUGGACGUGGGCGUGGACGUGGACGUGUACGUGGUCGUGGACGUGGACGUGGACGUGGACGUGGACAUGGACAUGGACGUGGAUGUGGACAUGGUGGUGGACGUGGUGGUGGACGUGGACGACGUGAACCUGGACGUGGACGUGGACUUGGACGUUGACGUGGACUUGGACGUGGACGUGGACGUGGACGUGGACGUCGUCGUGGACGUGGACGUGGACGUAGACGUGGACGUGGACGUAGACGUGGACGUGGUCGUGGACGUGGACGUGGACGUGGAGGUGGACGUGGUCGGGGACGUGGUGGACGUGGAUGUGGACGUGGACGUGUACGUGGACGUGGACGUGGAGAACGUGGACGUGGACGUGGAGGACGUGGACAUGGACAUGGACGUGGACUUGGACGUGGAAGUGGUCGUGGACGUGGUGGACGUGGACGUAGACGUGGACGUGGACCUGGACCUGGACCUGGACGUGGACGUGGUCGUGGACGUGGUCGUGGGCGUGGACGUGGACCUGGUCGUGGACCUGGACGUAGGCGUGGACGUGGACCUCGACGUGGUCCUGGACGUGGGCGCGGACGUGGACCUGGACAUGGACGCGGACGUGGACCUGAACGUGGGCGCGGACGUGGACGUGGACGCGGACGUGGACGCGGACGUGGACGUGGACGCGGACGUGGACGCGGACGUGGACGCGGACGGGGACGCGGACGGACUGGACGCGGAAGUGGACGCGGACGUGGACGCGGACGUGGACGUGGACGUGGACGUGAUCGUGGACGAGGACGUAGACGUGGACGUGGACGUGGUCGUGGACGUGGACGUGGACGUGGACGUGGUCGUGGACGUGGACGUGGACGUGGACGUGGACGUGGACGAGGACGUGGUCAUGGACGUGACGUGGUCGCGUGGACUUGGACGUGGACGUGGACGUGGACUUGGACGUGGACGUGGACGUGGCCGUGGACGUGGACGUGGACGUGGCCUGGACGUGGACGUGGACGUGGACCUGGACGUGGACGUGGACGUGGACUUGGACGUGGACGUGGACGUGGACUUGGACGUGGACGUGGACGUGGUCGUGGACGUGGAGGUGGACGUGGUCGUGGACGUGGACGUGGACGUGGACGUGGACGUGGACGAGGACGUGGACGUGGAGGACGUGGACGUGGAGGACGUGGACGUGGUCGUGGACGUGGACGUGGACGUCGACGUGGACUUGGACGUGGACGUGGACGUGGAGGUGGACUUGGACGUGGACGUGGACGGGGACUUGGACUUGAACGUGGACGUGGACGUGGACGUGGACUUGGAUGUGGACGUGGACGGGGACUUGGACUCGAACGUGGACGUGGUCGUGCACGUGGACGUGGACGUGGCCGUGGACGUGGACGUGGACGUGGUCGUGGUCGAGGACGUGGACGUGGACGACGACGUGGACUUGGACGUGGACGUGGACGUGGACGUGGACGUGGACCUGGCCCUGGAUGUGGACGUGGACCUGGCCGUGGACGUGGACGUGGACGUGGACGUGGACGUGGUCGUGGACGUGGACGUGGACGUGGACGUGGACGUGGUCGUGGACGCAGACGUGGACGUGGACGUGGACUUGGACGUGGAGGUGGACGUGGACGUGGACGUGGAGGACGUGGACGUGGAGGACGUGGACGUGGACGUGGACAUGGACGUGGUCGUGGACGUGGACGUGGUCGUGGACGUGGACGUGGUCGUGGACCUGGACGUGGACGUGGAGGACGUUGACGUGGACGUGGAGGACGUGGACGUGGACGUAGACGUGGUCGUGGACGUGGACGUGGACGUGGACGUGGACGUGGUCGUGGACGUGGACGUGGACGUGGACGUGGACGUGGACGAGGACGUGGUCAUGGACGUGGUCGUGGACGUGGUCGUGGACGUGGACGUGGACCUGGACGUGGACGUGGACGUGGACGUAGACGUGGACGUUGACGUGGACGUGGAGGACGUGGACGUGGACGUAGACGUGGUCGUGGACGUGGACGUGGACGUGGUCGUGGACAUGGACGAGGACUUGGACGGGGACGUGGACGUGGACGUGGACGUGGACUUGGACGUGGACGUGGACCUGGACGUGGCCGUGGACGGGGACGUGGACGUGGACGUGGUCGUGGACGUGGACGUGGACGUGGACGUGGUCGUGGACGUGGACGUGGACGUGGACGUGGACUUGGACGUGGACGUGGACGAGGACGUGGACGUGGACGUGGACGUGGACGUGGUCGUGGUCGUGGACGUGGAGGACGUUGACGUGGACGUGGAGGACGUGGACGUGGACGUAGACGUGGUCGUGGACGUGGACGUGGACGUGGUCGUGGACGUGGACGAGGACGUGGACAGGGACGUGGACGUGGACGUGGACGUGGACUUGGACGUGGACGUGGACGUAGACGUGGACGUGGCCGUGGACGUGGACAUGGACGUGGACGUGGCCGUGGACGUGGACGUGGACGUGGACGUGAUCGUGGACGAGGACGUGGACGUGGACGUGGACGUGGUCGUGGACGUGGACGUGGACGUGGACGUGGACGUGAUCGUGGACGAGGACGUGGACGUGGACGUGGACGUGGUCGUGGACGUGGACGUGGACGUGGUCGUGGACGUGGACGUGGACGUGGACGUGGACGUGGACGAGGACGUGGUCAUGGACGUGGUUGUGGACGUGGUCGUGGACGUGGACGUGGACCUGGACGUGGACGUGGACGUGGACGUGGACGUGGACGUGGACCUGGACGUGGACGUGGACGUGGACGUGGUCGUGGACGUGGACGUGGAGGACGUGGACGUGGACGUGGAGGACGUGGACGUGGACGUCGACGUGGUCGUGGACGUGGACGUGGACGUGGACGUGGUCGUGGACGUGGACGAGGACGUGGACAGGGACGUGGACGUGGACGUGGACGUGGACGUGGACUUGGACGUGGACGUGGACCUGGACGUGGACGUGGCCGUGGACGUGGACGUGGACGUGGACGUGGUCGUGGACGUGGACGUGGACGUGGACGUGGUCGUGGACGUGGACGUGGACGUGGACGUGGACGUGGACUUGGACGUGGACGUGGACGAGGACGUGGACGUGGACGUGGACGUGGACGUGGACGUGGUCGUGGUCGUGGACGUGGACGUGGAGGACGUUGACGUGGACGUGGAGGACGUGGACGUGGACGUAGACGUGGUCGUGGACGUGGACGCGGACGGGGACGCGGACGUGGACGUGGACGCGGACGUUGACGUGGACGCGGACGUGGACGUGGACGUGGACGCGGACGUGGACGUGGACGUGGACGUGGACGCGGACGGGGACGCGGACGGGGACGUGGACGUGGACGCGGACGUGGACGUGGACGCGGACUUGGACGUAGACGUGGACGUGGUCGUGGACGUGGUCGUGGUCGUGGUCGUGGACGUGGACGUGGACCUGGACGUGGACCUGGACGUGGACGUGGACGUGGACGUAGACGUGGUCGCGUGGACUUGGACGUGGACGUGGACGUGGACUUGGACGUGGACGUGGACGUGGCCGUGGACGUGGACGUGGACGUGGACGUGGACCGUGGACGUCGACGUGGACCUGGACGUGGACGUGGACGUGGACAUGGACGUGGACGUGGACGUGGACAUGGACGUGGACGUGGACGUGGACUUGGACUUGGACGUGGACGUGGGCAUGGUCGUGGACGUGGAUGUGGACGUGGACGUGGACGUGGAGGACGUGGACGUGGUGGUGGACGUGGACGUGGAGGACGUGGUCGUGGAGGACGUGGACGUGGUCGUGGACGUGGACGUGGACGUGGACUUGGACGUGGACGUGGACGUGGACAUGGACUUGGACGUGGACGUGGACGGGGACUUGGACUUGAACGUGGACGUGGUCGUGCACGUGGACGUGGACGUGGACGUGGACGUGGACGUGGUCGUGGACGUGGACGUGGACGUGGACGUGGUCGUGGACGUGGACGUGGACGUGGACGUGGACAUGGACGUGGACAAGGACGUGGUCGUGGACGUGGUCGUGGUCGUGGUCGUGGACGUGGACGUGGACCUGGACGUGGACCUGGACGUGGACGUGGACGUGGACGUAGACGUGGUCGCGUGGACAUGGACGUGGACGUGGACUUGGACGUGGACGUGGACGUGGCCGUGGACGUGGACGUGGACGUGGACGUGGACCGUGGACGUCGACGUGGACCUGGACGUGGACGUAGACAUGGACGUGGACGUGGACAUGGACAUGGACGUGGACGUGGACGUGGACUUGGACGUGGACGUGGACGUGGACUUGGACGUGGAUGUGGACAUGGUCGUGGACGUGGAUGUGGACGUGGACGUGGACGUGGACGUGGACGUGGACGUGGACGUGGACGUGGAGGACGUGGACGUGGUCGUAGACGUGGACGUGGACGUGGAGGACGUGGACGUGGAGGACGUGGACGUGGUCGUGGACGUGGACGUGGACGUGGACGUGGACUUGGACGUGGACUUGGACGUGGACUUGGAUGUGGACGUGGACGGGGACUUGGACUUGAACGUGGACGUGGUCGUGCACGUGGACGUGGACGUGGACGUGGACGUGGACGUGGACUUGGACGUGGACGUGGACGUGGACCUGGCCCUGGACGUGGACGUGGACGUGGACGUGGACGUGGCCGUGGACGUGGAGAUGGACGUGGUCGUGGUCGAGGACGUGGACGUGGACGAGGACGUGGACUUGGACGUGGACGUGGACGUGGACGUGGACGUGGACGUGGACCUGGCCCUGGACGUGGACGUGGACCUGGCCGUGGACGUGGACGUGGACAUGGACGUGGUCGUGGACGUGGACGUGGACGUGGACGUGGACGUGGUCGUGGACGCAGACGUGGACGUGGACGUGGACUUGGACGUGGAGGUGGACGUGGACGUGGACGUGGAGGACGUGGACGUGGAGGACGUGGACGUGGAGGACGUGGACGUGGACGUGGACGUGGACGUGGUCGUGGACGUUGACGUGGUCGUAGACGUGGACGUGGUUGUGGACGUGGACGUGGACGUGGACGUGGACCUGGACGUGGACGUGGACGUGGACGUGGUCGUGGACGUGGACGUGGACGUGGACGUUGACGUGGUCGUGGACGUGGACGUGGACGUGGACGUAGACUUGGACGUGGACGUGGACGAGGACGUGAACGUGGACGUGGACGUGGAGGACGUGGACGUGGACGUGGACGUGGACGUGAACGUGGUCGUAGACGUGGACGUGGACGUGGACGUGGUCGUGGACGUGGACGUGGAUGUGGACGUGGCCUGGAC